CUUCCCUGUCCAACCUGUUUCGUCCUCCCGUCUUCGCAAAUAUUUGGCAAAUUCAUCACCGCCCUCCUUUCCUCUCUCUCUCUCCUCUCCUUUCUCUUCUCAAGGGGGUUCGCUUUGGGGGCAAUAUUCACGCUUCUUGACCUCACGACACGACCUGAUACAAUCACGACCUUAACGUUCCGAUUCUCCAUCUCUUUCCUUCAAGUUUUGGGCUCGUCAUUGUCAUUUGCUCGAGAAAGACGCUCCACACUUCUGCGACGACACGCGACAAGCUCUGCCACGAGUCACGAUUUAAAUCACUCUUAACGACGCAUACGACUGUUACGGCCUCUCUCAUUUCCCAAUUUUGACAUCCUCGAUUAAUAUCGGGUAUCUCGCUACUCUCUAGACCGACAUCGAAUACUACAGCUGGCCGCAAUUGGCUAGAUUCCCAUCAACGAACCGAUUCCCCGCUCGUCUUCGCUUCUCUAUUCUGUCGCAAUGGCUUCCGAACCUCGACAAUACCAUCCUCUGACCUGCCACGGUCAUUCUCGACCUGUUCCUCAUAUCGCCUUCUCUGCCUUUGAGAAGGAAAAUGAGAAGGAAAUUGAGAAGAAGACCGACAGCUUCUUUCUGAUCUCGGCCUGCAAAGAUGGCAACCCUAUGCUUCGAAACGGUAUGACCGGCGACUGGAUUGGCACUUUUAUCGGUCACAAGGGUGCUGUUUGGCAAGCUAGACUGAGCCCUGAUACUUGCAGCGCAGCGACUGCAUCGGCCGAUUUCACAGCCAAAAUUUGGGACACUUACUCCGGCGAGUUGCUCUAUACGCUGCAACACGAUCACAUUGUCCGUGCCAUUGCCUACCCUCCCGACAACUCGGAUCUUAUCGCGACCGGUGGUUUCGAGAAGAAGCUGCGCAUCUUUGAUCUCUCGGAGCUGUCUUCUACUGGGUCCCCUGCUACAAUCCCCGCCUCCGCUGGCUUCGAGAUCGGCGAAGGUGUUCAUACUGGUUCGAUCAAGUUCAUUUGCUGGACCCAGGACCCUAACAUCGUUGUGACCGCAUCCGACAAGACAAUCCGAUGGCUCGACCUGCCUAGCCGGGCCUGCAUCCGACACGAAGUUCUUGAUGGAGACAUCAAGUCUUGCGAGAUGGUGUCACUGGAUCCCCAGUAUGCUUCCCCUACCGACAUUGGCGGCGGAUUGCCAGUUCUCGCUGUUGCUGCUGGAAAGACGGCGUACUUUUGGGGUGGCCGCAAUGCUAUGGACGAGCUCAAGCGCUUUCCUCUGAGCUACACUAUCGCUAGUGUUGCGCUCGACCUCAAGGGUCGUAAGCUAGUUGUCGGUGAGGAGCCCGGCACGUGGGCCAAGGUUAUCCGAUACGACGAUGGAAAGGAACUCGAUGUACACAAAGGACAUCACGGACCUAUCUGGUCAAUUGCAUUCUCGCCUGAUGGCAAGAUGUAUGCCACAGGAUCGGAGGAUGGUACCAUCAAGCUUUGGAAGAAUUGUGAGGGCUUCUACGGGCUCUGGCGCGGAGGCGGAGAGAAAGUUGCAGAAUAGGAACGCAGACUGAUCUCUACAUCCACGGACAAUUCGGAGGCUGAUGCUAAGUCCGAGUUCUCGUCUACUACAAAGGGUAGUAAGCGUGACAUGGCCAGUCGCGCGAGUCUCGGACGCUCAUUCAGAACUGAGAGCAGCGAGCACUCACACCGAACAGGCAGUCCUCUUGGCUACCUGUUCAACCAUCACUGGUGAUUAGCUGUUUAAUGGGGAGCUUGUUGACAGUUGAUAUACGCAUUUUGGAGGGAGAUUGAGAAGUUUUCUAUGUUAGACACGACACAGUUUAGUGGAGAUGGCCUCAGAGGCCGAUGAUGAGGGCAACAGAUUAAAUACCUAUCUACAGACGCUUUAAUACAAUAGUGUACUAUCAGCCGACUAGGUAUCCAGU